CGACACCCUUGUGUUUCACAGAAGUGUUUCAUUCCUGAAGAGGCCUGGACUGCACACCACAGAGACAGCAAAUCCCCACCAACUGUCGUAGUGGACUCCAAGAGACACUCUGAGUAACUUCCUUGUUUGGACAGCCGGAACCAGGAAUGCCGAGAAAUGGCCACGUCUCCCACCACCAACUCUAGCAUUUAAGAAAUAAAGACAAUAAUGCUGAAGAAUCGUAUGUGAUUUCAUGUGAAUAAUACUGAAAUGAGCCUCAAGGAAGAAGAAAACCCAAAGACUGGCCUGAAAGAUGUUUUUGGCAUACUAGUGAAAACACCUCAGGAGCGCCUGCAAAGUUUGACAUACAAGUUGAGAGACUCUCCUGAAGAUAACAUCAUACAUGGCUUGUGUCUGAUAAUUCUCCAUAAAGAGGUACAGGCCCUAAAAAAAUUCCAAAUGCUGAAGGACAACUGCCUUGCAAAGGAUCUGGCUGAAAAAUGGCACAUGAGUGGAGGAAAAUUAGAGGAUUUUGCAGUUCGCUGUGGUCACCUUGAUGAAUCUCAUGCAGAUUCUUUGGUGUUACUGGCUCGAAUUUUUAAAGUUUUGUCAGAAGAAGGCCUGUGUGAUCCACUACUGAGAGAUCUGGCAUAUAAGCGAGCCCUUUUUACCGGUUUCCAAAAGACAAAUAAAUGUGAAAAUCUAGAAUAUAAUCAGUUUAAAGAGGAAGCUAUGGCUGUCUGUGGGCCCCAGUUUGCAGAGAUGUUUAGCUCCUUCAGAGACCUCAAGUUAAAUUCUGAUCAGGAUCUUUAUAACAGCCUGGAUGAAGGAAACACAGCUCUAACAUUAAGUUUGUCUAAGAGUCCGUCACAGAGCUCUGAGUGCCUGCCCAGCCCACUGAAGGCCGGCAGCCUAAUGCCUUCAUAUCCGACUCAUCUAGAGAUAAGUAUAGCCCCCACAGCCACUUUUCAAGAGGAAAAAAUAACUCAAGGAACUUCAGCAGAUACUAACCCAAGCACUGCUGUUACUCUUGAUAGUGGACAGGCAAUGCCAAAAGCUGGUGGGCAUUGUCAGUCAUCUGAAGAGUCUCAGCUUAAAUCCAAUGAUCCUCAAAACUCAAAGACUGUUACAGGCUCAGCAGCCGGCAGCUCUAAGUCAGGUGGUCACAGCAUCCAGCUCCAGAAUCCAAAUCAAGCUUCGGUGCCAGCAACUCAUCCAAAAUGUGCACUUCCUUCUGCAUCAAAUGUGACUGUUUUGGAAAAAAAGCUUGAAAGUUUAUGUGCGGAAGAAGAGGAAGAGGUGAAAUUUUACUCAUUUGUCAUCCUGCAUGCACCAGAAGAUGCAGAUGUGGCCGAUAGGAUUAAGGAAAGAAUAGAGUCUGCCAUUAGUUGUGAAGGGGCGACUUUUUCGGAAGAUUUUUCCAUCCCUGGAAAGAGCACUCUGAUGUCUAUAGAGGAUGCUAUCAGCAACUCUGCCUACACUUUGCUCCUGCUCACUCAGAACUUCAUCACUAGUGGUCUUCUGGAGAUGAAGGCGAACUCAGCUCUCAUCAAUUCCAUAUACAACAAACAUAAGCGUGACACUGUUAUCCCUCUGCUGCCAAGGGAGAACAGCAUACCCAGGGACAGCAUACCUUUAGUUCUGAGGACUUUGGUUGCACUUGAGGAGAACAACAGGUUUGACACAAGAAUACAAAAAGCAUUGUCUCGAGGAAGAAUUGAAACACAGAGGGAAGUUUGGGAGAAGGAGCAGAAAGUAAAAAGAAUGAGGGAGAAACAGGAGAGAUUGAAAGUCUUGAACCGAAAACAAGAACAGGUGAAUGAGGAGAGUAGAAGAAUACAGCAGCUGGAACAGGAACAUCUAGAGCUUUUACGGCAACAAAGGUCUCGUUUUCUUAGACCCACGGACGUUCCACCAGGACAUCACAGAGAGGAUGGCGUGGCUUGGUGGCAGCAAACUCCAAGCAUCCAUAUUGAAAAUGCUCAGUACAUUAUGAUUGGUAACAACUCUCACAUGAAUGUAGAACAUGGUGGGGGAGCCGAAAGAGAUGACUUCAUUCACAGAGAGGAGGAGCAAUAAACAUAACUGGAGCUGAUGUGCAGAAAAUUAGAGUAGUAAUCAUAUUUAAUGAACACUACAGAUGUCACAGCUAUUGUUCACUAAUUACAGAUUGUACUUUUAUUUAACUAGCUUGUGAAAGGAAAUGCAUUAAAACUGUCUUAGUAGCAAUUAGGUAUCAUGUAAUGUGUGAUUUGAGGAGCACUAUUAAGAUAUAGCCCACUCAGCAGAGGUUUUACAACCUUUGAGCUUUGAAGGUCAGUGUGUGGCAGUGCAGCGCCAUCUACUGACCAAUGUAUGCUGUAACGUGUUCCCUGACUUUGACUGUAUGAACCAACUUUGGACACUAGGAGGCAGUACCAACACACACUUCUUUUUGCUCCAGCAGGAGCUUAUGAAGUGCCUGAAAUCUGAACUUUUGGAUUCAUGUUUAUUAUUUUAAAGAAUGUAUACAAGCUGUGUAAAGGUGCAAGUGUGGUAAACAGUAGGUGUAAAGCAUUUAUCAGGGGGUCAGGUGGUCACACUCACUUCACUAGAUUUUCCUCCUCUUGAAGUUUUUUUUUUUUUUUUUCUUUUCUUAACCCUUUCAUGCAUGGUGGUCACUCCAGUGGACAGUUAUUCUACAGCUGUUCUCUUGUAUAUUCGUGGGUUUUGUU